AUGAACUCUGAUCUUACAAGAAGAGUUUCUAAAGAAGAAAUUAGAGAAGCUUUUUUUUCCAUCAACGCCGACAGUGCGCCUGGCCCGGAUGGUAUGACAGGAGCCUUCUUUCAGAAGUAUUGGGAAAUUAUUGGCGAUCAAGUAACGAAAGAGAUACAGGAGGUCUUUGAGACAGGGGUUUUACCGAAGGAUUGGAACUUCACAUACUUGUGUCUGAUCCCAAAGAUUCCAAACACUGAGAACAUGACUGAUUUGAGGCCGAUAAGCUUAUGCUCGGUAUUAUACAAAGCCGUUUCGAAGAUCUUGGUGAAGAGGCUCCAACCUUUCCUGAACUCCUUGGUGUCUGUGAACCAAUCGGCAUUUGUGAGUGAGAGGAACAUUGCAGAUAACAUCGUCAUCGCUCACGAGGCUGUACACGCACUGAAAGUCCAUCCAUCUGUCUCGAAAGAGUUCAUGGCGGUCAAAACGGACAUGUCCAAGGCUUACGAUCGUGUUGAAUGGAGCUAUUUAAGGAAUCUCAUGACAGCAUUGGGCUUUGACCCGAAGUGGGUAGAGAUGGUGAUGAUGUGUGUAACCUCAGUCACAUUUGCAGUACUGAUGAAUGACCAACCUUUUGGUUUGAUCACUCCACAAAGAGGCUUGAGACAAGGAGAUCCAUUAUCUCCAUUUCUAUUUGUGCUAUGCACUGAAGGACUCACCCACUUGCUCAAUGUGGUAGAAAGAAAUGGACUCUUUAAUGGUCUGCAAUUUUCGGAAGAAGGCCCGGCAAUACACCAUCUUUUGUUUGCAGAUGAUAGCUUGUUUAUGUGCAAAGCUACACAAGAUCAGGCCUCGACUCUCCAUAGAAUCCUGCAGUUUUAUGGAGCGGCGACGGGACAGAGUAUAAACCUACAAAAAUCUUCCAUAUCUUUUGGGGUGAGGGUUGCGGAGGAAGUUUGCUCAGAGAUAAAGAACAUCUUGGGGAUUAUGAAUGAGGGAGGAGCAAGCAAAUACCUAGGUCUUCCGGAGUGUUUCUCGGGUUCAAAAAUUGAGAUGCUGUCAUACAUCAAAGAUAAAACUCAAGGAAGGCUAGAAGGAUGGUAUUUGCGACAUUUAUCUCAAGGAGGAAAGGAGGUCUUGCUGAAGUCUUCAGCGGGAGGGAUACCGGUUUUUGCAAUGUCUGCAUUCCGGCUUCCAAAAAAAUUGAUAUCAAGCUUGAUAAGUGUUUAUGCAGACUUCUGGUGGGGCUCGGAUGCUCAUAAGAAAAAGAUUCAUUGGGUCUCAUGGGAUAAGAUGUGUCUACCUAAGAAGCUUGGGGGUGUUGGUUUUAGAGAUUUGGAAUGUUUUAAUCAGGCUUUGUUAGCCAAACAAGCUUGGAAAAUUCUUAACCAACCCCACUCCUUACUGUCAACUUUCUUACAGAGUAGAUAUUUUAAGGAUGGAGAUUUUCUUUCGGCUUCAAUGGGAGAGAGACCAUCCUUUGCAUGGAGGAGUCUUUUGUUUGGGAGAGAAUUGCUCCAAAAAGGCCUGAGACACAGAGUGGGAGAUGGCAAAAAUACAAGAGUAUGGCUGGACAAAUGGAUAGAUGAUCCAGUGGAAGGACUCAGAGCUCCAUGGUUUAAAAACCUUCGUUUUGAUGUAAACUUGAUGGCAAGCUCACUCAUUGAUCCAGAGACAAAAAAGUGGAAUGAAGCGGGCUUGGAGGAAGUCUUUGUGUCCUGUGAUGUUCAGAUGAUCAUGAGGAACCAACCUGUGGCUGCAAGACAGGAUUUCUUCACAUGGAAAUUCAACAAAAGUGGGGAACUAACGGUGAAAUCGGCCUACUGGCUUGCUUCCUCUUUAAAAACAAGAGAGCAGAACCCAGAAGCCUUUAGAGAACCCUCCACCAAUGUGCUUAAGGAGAAAGUUUGGAAAGUUAAAACAGUUCCAAAGGUUAGAGUUUUCUUAUGGAAAGCUUUGAGCAAUGCACUUCCGGUGGCAGACUUGAUCAGGGCAAGAGGAAUGAAGAUUGACAAUCGUUGUCAAACCUGUGGAAAUGAGACAGAAUCGAUAAAUCAUGCAUUAUUUGAAUGCACCUUUGCUAGAUUAGUAUGGGCAGUCUCACCCAUUCCUCAACGCAAUGGAGGUUUUUCUGAAGACUCUGUUUUUACAAACAUGAAUUUUCUUCUCAAUCUUAAUGGAAAUACUAACCUGCGGGAGGAAGAUAAGAGGGUAUGGCCCUGGAUCCUGUGGAAUCUUUGGAAGAGAAGGAACGAGAUGGCAUUUGAAGGGAGAUGCCUAUCUGCGGAGGAACUGGUAAUCAAAGCGGUGAGAGACUCCGAUGAAUGGUAUGUGGCUCAAGAAACUGACGCUGAGUGGGCAAAAGCAGAAAAAACCACGGGAACCUCUCUUCACCGUAAAUGGAACCCGCCAGAAUCAGACUGGGUGAUGUGUAACGUGGGAAUGGAUUUUUCCAGUGAAAAGGAAUGUGUGGGAGGAGCUUGGGUUUUGAGAAAUGACAGAGGUGUGGUCCUUUGCCAUAGUAGGAGAGCUUUCUCUGGAAUAAAGAAUAGAGAGGAUGCAAAGCUGGUGGUUGUUUUAUGGGCCUUUGAAAGUAUGAGAAGCCAGAGACAAUCUAAUAUCAUCUUUGCAGGAGAGUUUGCAGAUUUAUUUGGAGCACUUCAACGUCCUCGAGCGUGGCCCUCCUUCCUAUACCAAACUUCUGUUAUGGAAAAGGAGCUGGAAGGGAUCACAAACUGGAAACUAAAGGUGGUGACGAGAGAAGCCAAUAAAGGGUCGUCACUCAUUGCUCAAAGUGUCAACAAGUAUGGACUGAUAAAUUCUUAUGUCGCUAGAGGGCAUCCAUCUUGGUUGUUUGAAUUCUUUGUGAAUGAAAGUCGAGGUCUCUAA